CAGUUGGAAUCGACGCAGUUUGACGCUUCGGGGGUGGAGGUACUACGGGGAGAGAACGACGGAGCGGAGAGUCAUUCAGGGUUAAAAUAUUCCGCCUUGGGGGGUGGGGGAGGACAUACUUCACUGCCAACCCGGUGACAAGGUUGGGUCUGCGGUGCCUGCAACCCAGGAAAACAUGGAGCUCGAGAAUAUCGUGGCCAACACAGUCCUGUUGAAAGCAAGAGAAGGAGGUGGUGGAAACAGAAAAGGAAAGAGCAAGAAAUGGAAACAGAUGCUUCAGUUCCCCCACAUCAGCCUGUGUGAGGAGCUCCGGCAAACUACAGAGAAAUACUAUAACAGCCUUUGUGAGCGGCAGCCAAUCGGACGCAUGCUCUUUCGGCAGUUCUGUGAAACCCGGGUUGAGCUGAGGCGCUGUGUCAAAUUCCUGGACACUGUGGCAGAGUAUGAGGUCAGUCCAGAUGAGAAGAGGAGGGAGUGUGCUCAGGAGCUCCUAGACAAGUACUUCAGCCCAAAGUCAGAGGAUCAUGUCCCUGAGUUGGGGGAGGAAAUGAUGGGUCAGUUUACAGAGAGACUGGAGCAGGAGCAGGAGCCCUGUAAAGAACUCUUCAACGAGUGCACCAAACUGAUCCAUGACUACCUGAGCGUGGCUCCCUUCGCAGACUACCUCGACAGCAUGUACUAUAACCGAUUCCUGCAGUGGAAGUGGCUGGAGAGGCAGCCAGUCACCAAGAACACAUUCCGACAGUACAGGGUAUUAGGAAAGGGAGGCUUUGGUGAGGUGUGUGCUUGCCAGGUGCGAGCCACAGGAAAGAUGUACGCGUGUAAGAAGUUGGAGAAGAAGAGGAUUAAGAAGAGGAAAGGAGAGUCCAUGGCCUUGAACGAGAAGCAGAUUUUAGAGAAAGUCAACAGUAGGUUUGUAGUGAGUCUAGCGUACGCCUAUGAGACGAAGGACGCUCUGUGUCUGGUGCUCACCCUGAUGAACGGGGGAGACCUCAAGUUCCACAUCUACCACAUGGGAGACGCUGGCUUUGAGGAGAAGAGGGCUGUGUUCUACUCUGCCGAGCUGGCCUGUGGCCUGGAGGACCUGCACAGAGAGAGGAUCGUCUACAGGGACCUGAAGCCUGAGAACAUACUAUUGGACGACCAUGGCCAUAUCCGGAUAUCAGACCUGGGGUUGGCUGUCCACGUGCCCGAGGGAGAGACUAUCAAGGGUCGAGUUGGCACCGUUGGGUACAUGGCUCCGGAGGUGGUUAAGAAUGAGCGCUACACAUUCAGCCCAGACUGGUGGGCGCUGGGCUGUCUGCUGUAUGAGAUGAUCGAGGGCCAGUCUCCCUUCCAGCAGCGCAAGAAGAAGAUCAAACGUGAGGAAGUGGAGAGGCUGGUCAGAGACGUGGAGGAGGAGUACUCAGACAAGUUCUCAGAGGACACCAAGUCCCUCUGCAAAAUGCUGCUGGCCAAAGAGCCCAGUGAGAGGCUGGGCUGCCAGGGGGAGGGUGCUACGGAGGUGAAGGCCCACCACAUCUUCCGAUCCAUCAACUUUAAAAGGCUGAAGGCUGGCAGGCUGAAGGCCCCCUUCACCCCUGAUCCCCAGGCCAUUUACUGUAAGGACGUACUGGACAUCGAGCAGUUCUCCACGGUCAAGGGGGUGGAGUUGGAGCCCAAAGAUGACUCCUUCUACUGUAAAGUGUCCACAGGCAGCGUGUCCAUCCCCUGGCAGAUGGAGAUGAUCGAGUCUGAGUGCUUUCAGGAGCUCAAUGUGUUUCACACAGACGGGACAGUUCCCCCGGACCUGGACUGGAGAGGACAGCCCUCGCCACCACCCAAGCAAGGGCUGCUGCAGAGGCUCUUUGGGAGACAGGACUGUUGUGGGAACUGCAGCGACAGUGACGAGGAGCCCACCAGGCUGUGACUGAGCUCCCUCCUACCAACUACACCAAGGAUCUCAUUUGUUUACAAAUUUUGCACAUUUGUAUCUUUAAGAUAGUUCUAUAUAAAUAUUGGAAUGUAUAUUUUCAGUAUAUAGCCAUAAAGUCCAUGUCAUUUAAAUGUAAUCAUUAUUCAGAACCCAUCAUAGGAGGCAACAACAGGUAAGCCUAACACUGCUAUGUGGUCACCCCCCCCCCCCCCACAAUCUUUUGAUAGUGUUGUCAGCUUUUCUUUCUAAUUUUCUUUCUAUUUUAAAAAAUGUCGACCGUGCUCGGAUUGCUAAGUGUUUCUGAAUGGGGGAUGAAUGAAAAGUGUACGUCCACAACUAUUUUUAUAUUUAUAUUUUAUUUACUUCAUGUAAUUCUAGGCAAUCAAAUUAGGAAUGUUGUGUGAACUGUAGGCUUAAAGGAAAUUGAAGACUAAGGUGAACUUUUGGUAUGAGGUGAUACAUUAUGUACAUUCUAGGGUUCAAUCUAGAGACACUUGAUAUAAACCAAAUAGAUAUAACUUAACAAUGCAUAUGUAAGUGCAAACAAGUGUAUAAUUUGUGACACUCACCUCUAAAGUCCUAAGUGUGUCUUCCAAUGAACCUGAGUUUAGGUAGAAAGCAUGUUAGUUCCCAACCAUAUUAGGAGCUAGAGAAGUGAAUUGACAAAAAAAAAAACUUAAUUGUAGUACAGUCAUUCAGUUGUAAGAAAUGACCUUUUUCGUAAGACGUGGAUAGCCGAGAAUGGCCUUGAGUUUCCUCUACCAUGACAUCCUCUAGAUGGCUACACGUUUGUCACGGAGCACUUGAGUUUAAUUAAGCAAUGCACUUAUGACCAAACCGGUUUGUUUUCAUCCUCCAAAUAUUUUUCAUGAUUAAUUCCUUCCCAUUCAAGGUUCCUUUGAUGGUUUAUGGUACUCUAUAUAAUUACCAUAUUUUAUCAAAUCUAACAAAGCUGUCUGUCAAGUAGGUUGAGACCAUGCUGCGUCUCUCUCUCCCUCCCUCUGCUGUACCUCGUGUUCCUUUGCCGUGCUGAUGUGUUUCUCUGCAUCGUGUAACUCAGUGGGAUUCUCCUUGUAAAUGUGGGACUAUAAUAGGACUGAGGGACUGAGCUCCCUGACAGACUAUGGGUCUAUGGUAUCACCCUCUGAACCCUCCUUACCAGAGACUCUAUCAGACUGAGGAAGAGGAGGAAGAAGGUUCAACGGGGAAGGGCGGGGUCACCGAGAGGUCAAACCAUCUCAAUGUAAAGCUCAGCACUCUUACGGAAAUUGGAAGAGACUCCCAAACUCCUCCUACCAUCCUCGUCUCUCAUUAUCAAAUCAUGUUUUAUCGUAUGUGAUUCUCAAAUUAACUUGCCUACAUUCCACUCUAUACCGUACUGUACAGUGUAAAGUUAUGCUACUUUUGUUUAUUUUGCAAUGUUUUUUUUACCAGUGUAAAGUUACAACUACAACAACAAUAACAGUUCCACCAUGAAACUAGAAUAGGACUGAAAGUAAGAUUAGUGUGAUUUCUCUUUACGAUGUGCUCCUGAGCCAGGCUUACACACUGUGAGAGGAGGGAGGGCUUCUGUCUGUCUCUGCAUCCAUGAAACACCUUUGACACUUUCUUUUUGCAAUGCACUGAUGUUUUUUGUGUGUGUGUGUGCGCACGCAUGUGUCCAUAUGUUACCAUAACCACUAGACUCUGUACCCACUUGGCACAAACUGGUCAAGUCAACGUUGUUUCAACGUAAUUUGUCAACGUAUUGUGACGUGGAAAAUACAUUGGAUUUGAAAAAAGUAAUCAACUGUUGUAAUUUCAACCACAGGGAUAUAUCAUCAUAAUGACCAAUUUUCUAAAUAUGUUGAAUUUGUACCUUUGAAACAACAUCAGAUCUUCAACGUAAUAUCCACUAUAAGAAAAAAACUUUAGGCAGGAGGGGGGGGGGGGGGGGGGUUCUAAUAAGCUAACAUAGGGAAUUGUUUUAAGAUAGCUAAAUUAUCCAUCAUAUGACUAUUUGAUUUAGAAUUGUAGGACCCCUGUAGGUAUCCCCCCAUUGAUUUUGGCCUUCACCACAAUAGUGCAUUGAGUAACACAUUCAUAUGUGGGAAAACAGACAGAUAAGGAUUAAGGUUUUUGAUGUCUGUCCUAUUUAUAGGAGAUAUAAGAAAGCUCAGGAAAUAUUUUUGUUUUUUGAACACAUUUAACCCCUAUUAUUGUUGGCACAAAACUAACUCUAACCUUCCGUUCAUUUUUUUAAACUGGUACUGGGUUACAUUCAGACCGGUCCCGUGACACUUGUGGGGAUGGUAGAGCAAAACCAGUGUGUUCUUUAGUUUCAUCCUUCCAUAGAGUGGUUAUAUUCGUUAGUAGGCCAAACCGUUCAGACGUUUUUGUAAGAAGACCGAUUUUUGGGAUGUGUCCUGGUCUGACAAACAGCGCCGUAGCUCUGCCAUUUUCUACUGCAGUGGCGGAAGGCCGACAUAGGCGGAUACAGUGAAAUAUCACCAUAUAUCAUCAAUGAUGAUAUUUAGGCCUAUAUAGCAUUUCUAAAGUCAUCAACAGCUAUUGUUUCAAUUCAACACAGGAUUCAAGCUUUGGUUGAUUUCAAAUGGAAUCUACAAGUUAGUAAAAUAUAAAGUUGGAUUCAUGUCUCCAUCUCAACCAAAAAUCUAAGUUAAACAAUGACUAAAUUAAAUCAAACUGUAUUUAAAGUGCAUUUAAUGUUUCAUCUGAUUUAGCCCUAUUAAUUCAAAUUGUAAGUAUACAUUUGUAGACAAACUGGAAUUAAAGCCAGACCGUGGCACGGACGAAACUAUCCAAGGACACAUCUCCUUCAAAUGUCUAUAUUUGGUUGCGUUGACAACCAAGCACAAUUCAAUAUUUUUGCAAUACAGUAAAUAUCCUAUUAACUUGUCGAUCAGUUAACAAAUGAAUUGUGUGAUUCAGGUCUUUAUCUCAAAAGAAAAUAAAAGUUAGAGAAUAGGAUUAAGCCAGUGGCUCAGAUGGAACUAUACAAGCAGCAGAUAUUUCCUUUAAAUGUUUAUUUGUUUGCGUUGUCAACCAAACACAAUUCAAUAUUGCUUUUGUAAUACAGUAAAUAGCUUAAAGUUAUCUUACAAACUAAAGUAACACUAUUUAUUCAACUUUAAAAUGAGUAUCACAUCCCUGGCCACAUUGAGGUUACUGUAACAAUAAAUGUCUUAUGUAAUCAUAGAAAGUGUGCAUGUUCAAGAUAGCAUGCAAAUGUCGCAGGUCUGUGGAGAUUUCCUUGCCUGGCUACCCAAACCCUUUGCUCCAGUUACGCCAUGCCCACAAACGUUAGUUUCUUCUCCGCAAUGAGUCUGGAUCUGUGUACCUCCCUGACGAUUUCUAGAAUUCUCCACGUUGAGAUUACAUGGUGUGCAAAGUGGGUACCCACGUAGGCAAGAACUGGUUAAAUCCAUGUUGUUUCCACAUCAACGUGAUGUUGAAUUAACGUGGAAAACUGACUGGAUUUUACACCCAACUUUUAUUCUAAAUCCAAUGACAUGGUGAGAUUUUGUGUUGAAUUCACAGUUGACAACUCAACCAAAUGUAACUCAACUAGAUGUGGAACUGAUGUCUGUGCCCAGUGGGUAAGGUACUGCUCAUGAUGAGUGAACAUGCUACUGUACUAAAGGGAGUUCUCUGAACGUUCUCAAUGUCAGGAGGUUGUCUAAAUCUCUGUUAGUUUCCCAAGCCCAACAGGAGAGCACUAAACAACAGGUUUUGACAGUGGGUAUGAGAACAGUUACAUUUGACCAAACACAUACUUAAUUUUUACCUCAGUAAAGAAUGCCGUAGUUAGUAGAGUACCAACAAUUAAAGCACUGAAAGGGAUGAAUACAACAUAAGUCAAACUACAAUAUACACUACAUGGCCAUAAGUAUGUGGACACCCCUUCAAAUUAGUUGAUUCGGCUAUUUCAGCCACACCCGUUGCUGACAGGUGUAUAAAAUCGAGCACACAGCCAUGCAAUCUCCAUAGACAAACAUUGGCGUUAAAAUGGCCCAUACUACUGAUGAGCUCAGUGAAAUCAACGUGGCACCGUCAUAGGAUGUUACCUUUCCAACAUGUCAGUUUGGAAAAUUUCUGCUUUGCUAAACUGUAAGGGCUGUUAUUGUGGAAAGCCGCGAAUUGGUAGGCCACACAAGCUCACAGAAUGGGACCACCAAGUGCAUGAAGCACAUAGCGCGUCAAAAAAUCAUCUGUCCUCAGUUGCAACGCUCACUACUCAGUUGCAAACUGCCUCUGGAAGCAACGUCAGCACAAUUACUGUUUGUCGGGAGCUUCAUGAAAUGGGUUUCCAUCUGGCAGUCUGACGGGCGAACCUGGGCUUGCCGGAUGCCAGGAGAACGCUACCUACCUGAAUGCAUAAUGCCAACUGUAAAGUUUGGUAGAGGAGCAAUAAUGGUCUGGGGCUGUUUUUCAUGGUUCGGGCUAGGCCCCCUAGUUCCAGUGAAGGGAAAUCUUAACGCUACAGCAUAUUCUACAUGAUUCUGUGUUUCCAACUUUGUGGUAACAGUUUGGGGAAGGCCCUUUCCUGUUUCAGCAUGACAAUGCCCCUGUGCACAAAGCAAGGUCCAUACAGAAAUGGUUUGUCAAGAUCAGUGUGGAAGAACUUGACUGGCCUGCACAGAGCCCUGACCUCAACCCCAUCAAACACCUUUGGAUUGAAUUGCCGACUGCGAGCCGGGCCAAAUCGCCCAACAUCAGUGCCCAACCUCAACAAUGCUCGUGGCUGAAGGGAAGCAAGUCUCCUCAGCAAUGUUCCAUCAUCUAGUGUAAAGCCUUCCCAGAAGAGUGGAGGCUGUUAUAGCUGCAAAGGGGGUACCAACUCCAUAUUAAUUCCCAUGAUUUUGGAAUGAGAUGUUCGACGAGCAGGUGUCCACAUAUUCUUGGCCAUGUAAUGUAUGUGCACAAUAAUGGGUCAAAACGAAUGAAGUGCUUGUCUUGUAUUGAGUCAUGGACUGGACUGAGCUGUUUCCUAUGUGAAAAGGCUCUAUCUUUGAAGUGGAAAUGGCGGUUAGCAUCUGCUAGCACUGGAUAAUGAAGUCAUGUACUUGUCAGGUUCAUGUGUCACACACGUUACAGUACAUUGACUUUAAGGGUUCAGGGACGUUUGCUUACCCUUUUAAUAUUUAUCUGUUGAUUUUCACUGCUUUUGUUAUUUUGCGCUCUUAACGCUAGUUUUUAUAGCCUUCUGUGAGUCUAGACUUUAAUGCUAGGCUAUGCUAAUACUAGGCAUUCAAAAUUGCCAUGUCCUUAUUAAGGUGCUUCCUUACAUUAUCUACCUGUACAAUACAUCCGCAUUUUAUUUCAGUAUUUAUUUUUUGACCAUGUGCUCAAUGUUUUUACCUUACACUGUUAGCUCCAAACUGGUUUCAGUUCAAAUAUUCAGUCAUUUUUUUGAUGUUGCCAUACUCUUCACAUUUUGCCAACUAUGUUCAGACUGCACUAAGGAGGUACGCUUUGUUACAGUUCACGGGGAGAGAAUUGACAAGUGUAUGCGGUGAAAAAAAUGUAUCUGAAAUUAUAUUGUGUCCAAUGUCCAUAUCCUUUAAAUACCAUAUUAAACCAAGCACUAGUCUUCAUUGUCUGAUUAAUUGUAACUGAAUCCAUGUCACAUCAUUUGUUUCAACGUUACAUUGUAAUGCAGCUCUGCUUUGGCGUUCCGUGACAUAUUGUGUGAUAUCUCUCUAAGCUCUGGAAGGUUGGAGAUUUUAUUCAUGUAACCAUCCUGUUACUCAAUUGCCUUCCCACCCUGUCCUCUGCUAGGCCCCAUGGCAUACUGUGUGUGUCUAUAGAGACCAUUAGAUCUGUUGUCCUACUGUGUUAACAUGCCAAAUGGAAGCUACCGAGAUGAUGAUCGAGAUCAUAUGUUGACAAUGAUGAUUGAUGAUGAUAAUCAAAUAAAAGGGUAUUGGUCGUGUACAGAGAUGUGUUAUAGCAGGUGCAGUGAAAUGCUGAUGUUACUAGCUCCAACAGUGCAGUAGAAUGUCUAGCAAAUACAAUACUAAUACACAAAUAAUGAAAAAAGUAUAAAAAUAAAUGUCAGAACGAGUCAAAUUAACAAUCCAAAGUAGAUAUAUUAGAGUGAGCAGUGUCAGAAUCCAGAAUAUAAAUAUUAAUACAUGGUGUGUAUAGACAGUUCAUAAUUUAGAAAAUAAAAUGGUAUGUACAGUAUUAGGUAUAUUAGGAUGAGCUGUGUCGAGAAUACAAUAUAUACAUAGUGAGUAAACAACAGUAUAUGAAUUGACCAGCGUUCAAUGUCUCUCUGUACAUGGUGCAUUAGUCUCACCAUGCAGGGCAGAGUACCUGGCAGGUAGAUGGCUAGUAAUGGCUGUUCAACAGUCUGAUGGCCUUGUGAUAGAAGCUGUUUCUCAUUUGCUCGGUCCCGGCUCUGAUGCACCUGUACCUUCUAUGUCUGCUAGAUGGUAGCAGAGUGAACAGACCGUGGCUCGUGUGGCUGAGGUCCCUAAUGAUCUUCUUGGCCUUCCUUUGACACCAAGUGCCAUAAAUGUCCUGGAGGUGAUGAUCAUGAGGAUAUGUAAAUGUGCCAUGUGCAUGCUAUGUAUCACUCUGAUGUGAUGUGUUUGUUUGAGCUCUUUUGGUUCUCUCUCUCCCCUCUGAAAUCAACUCGUACUGUCUGACUCUGACCCGUCUCCAUAGGUGCCUGUGAAACUACAUUAGUCAUGGCCAGUCAAACUGGACCUCCAUGUAACAUAUGAGUUGGAAUAUUAUUUUUUUUUGCAUAAGUAUUUUACUUCAAUAAAACCAUGUUUGUUUA